AUGUCAUUUGCUCAAGGACAAUCGCUGCGGCUGCACCUCGGCGCAAACGUCGACGCUGCUUGUGCCUGGCACGCAUGCGGGAAGAGACAGGCGUCUCCGCUCCAGUCAGAUGCAUGUGCCAUAUACGUCAUGUUCCCAAGGCAAAGACUCAAUGGCAAGGGCUGCGUACAAGUGAAGAAUAGAGGGCAUGGCCCUCCACGAUGA